AUGUCGCAUUUACGAUACUACGCCUAUGACGGUCUUGGUGUCCCACAACAGACGAAAUUUCACUACAGUCAAGCGGUUCGCAUCGGCGACAGAAUCGAGUGCGCCGGCCAAGGUGGCUGGGACCCAGAGACAGGCGACUUUGCCAAAGAGAUCAACGCUCAGAUUGAUCUGGCAUUUCAGAACGUCGAAUUGAACCUGAGAAAUGCCGGCGGCAAGGGUUGGUCUCAAGUGUUUCGUGUCAAUUCUUAUCAUGUUCCAAUCAAUAACGAGGCUCUGGACGCUAUGGUACGCAACUUCAGGAGAUACAUGCCUGAUCACCAACCUAUCUGGACGUGUGUAGGAGUUUCACGUCUGGGAGAGGAUGACAUGCGCGUGGAGAUUGAGGUGGUCGCGCACGACCCAACAGGUAUUUGCGAGGCAUGA